AUGGAUAAUGAAAGGAGAGCUUCUUUGAUUAACAUUGAUGAUAAAACUAGAUUUAGUGAGCUGGUAAAGGUCCUACUAGAAGAUUUUGACAUUGAUAUUCAGGCCCAAUUUUUAAAGCUUAGUUAUACAUUGCCUGUUGUGGCUGCUACCAUAGGUAGUAUUCCGAUCUUUAUUAGAAAUGAUAGGCAAUUUGAAGCUUUUAUGCUCAAAUAUGCACAAAGUAGAGGAGUUAUUCAUCUAUGUGUUACUGUUGAGCAGAUAUUUAUAGGCCAACCUAGCUCUACUCCUUUUAUUGAGAGUGUUACUGUUGUUACUCAGGAUCAAACUAGCUCAAAUCUGUUUGUUGGGAAUGCUAUUGAUGUUUCUACUGCUACUCAUACUCAGGGUCAAACAAUACCAAAUCCAUACGUCCAGAGUGUUCCUCGUUUUUAUUGUUCUCUUGUUGCUUCUUCAAGUCAAUAUACUGGCACUGAUGAUGAUUUUACUGCUACUGCUACUCAUACUCAGGAUGUUAUUCAAAGACAAAACAGAAAUGAGAAGUCAGAUGCGGAUGUAUGCAGUCAAGCAUAUUGGAGGCUACGUGCAACUAAGGUUAAAACAUCAGAUAGCUUUGUUGUUCUAAAGUAUAUUAGUCAGCACAAUUGUGACUAUGCUUUAAGGAAUGUUAAUCCGCCAAGCAUCUGCAAGGACUUUGGCUGGAAUGACCAUAGAGUUGGUGUCUCGUACUCAAAAGCAUGGAGAGCUCAAGAACAUGCAUCAGAACUUGCUAGGGAAAAGAAGAAUCCAGGUACUAUCACUUACAUCAAAGCUGAUUCUGAUAAUAAGUUUAGAUAUGCUUUUCUGGUUUUUGGUGCAUCAAUUAGAGGUUUUACGUUGAUGAGAAAAGUUAUCUCUAUUGAUGGCGCCCAUUUGAAAUCAAAAUUUAAAGGGACUUUGCUUGCUGCAUCAGCUCAGGAUGGUAAUUUUCAGUUGUAUCAUAUUGCUUUUGUCAUUGUUGAUUCUGAGAAUGAUGCAUCAUGGGAUUGGUUUUUGCGGUGUUUGAAGACUAUUAUUCCUGAUGAAAAGGAUCUAGUUUUCGUGUCUGAUCGGGCUUCUUCAAUUGCAACUGCGCUUUCAGUAAAUUAUGAACUUGCUUAUCAUGUGAUCUGCACUUUCCACUUGCAAAAAAACCUGGAAACACGAUUUAGAGCAUGUGCUUAUCUUCUUCCAGUUGUUCAUGAUACUUCAAGAGCUUACACUCUAUAUGAUUUUGAUUAUUUGUUCAGUCAAAUUUCCAAUGGUAAUCCGGAACUUGGAGAAUAUCUUUGGCAAGCUGAUAUUAGGAAAUGGUCACGUGCAUAUUCUCCUUCUAACCGGUACAACAUCAUGACAUCUAAUUGUGUCAAGUCCAUUAACUCCUUGUUAAAAAAGACUUGCGAGUAUCCAAUUGUCUGCCUGUUUGAGACAAUCAUGUCUAUUUUGACUAGGUGGUUUAAUGAAAGACGUGAGGAAAGCUAUCGACAUCCAUAUGUUGUUACUCCAAAUGUUGGCAAUAAGAUAAAAGCAUCUUAUAAUAAUACUACCCACUGGCUUGAAGUUUGUCAAGUAUAUGAAAAUGUCUUUGAGGUUAAAGUAGGUUUAAAGACGUAUGUGGUGAAUUUGGACACAUGGAAAUGCACAUGUUGUAUGUUUGAUAUUGACAAAUUCCCUUGUACACAUGGAAUUGCUGCUGCCAAACAUGUCAAUCUCAAUGAAAACAUGUUUGUUGAUGAUUAUCAUUUCACUCAAAGAUGGCGUUUAGGAUAUUCAGAGAGCAUUCACCCAGUAAGUGAUAUUGAGUAUUGGGAGAUUCCAGAGAGUGUUAGUACUUUUAUUCGGCCACCUUCUACUCGUAUACCUAGUGGCAGGCGAAAUAAAAAGAGAAUAGCUACUUCAUGGGAGCAUGGAAAGGCUAAGACAAAUUCAAAACAAUACAAAUGCAGUAGGUGUGGACAGUGUGGACACAACAAAUCUAGUUGUGUAGUUGCUAUCUAA